AUGUCUCGGAAGGGGAGUUACGGGAGGAAGGAGAACGACCUCGGCGCUCUGAUCGACAGGUUAGUGGUCAUGGCGGAGGAGCUGUCGCCGGAGCAGAGAUCGCAGCAGGAGCCAGAGGAGAUGGAUGAGUUCACUCGGCUGAAGAAGCUCGCUGCUCGCCAGGUCUCGGAGAUCCGCAAGAUGAUCGGGGAAAGGGACGACCUUCUGGAAGCCUCGGGGGGGUCGGGAGGGAGGCAGGCUGUGGUCCUGUCCUCCAAGAUCAGGGAGCUGCUGAGGAAUGUACACGAGACCCACAAGGCGAUGCAGAACGAGCUGUCGGCGGAGGAGAGGCAGAUGGCGAAAGAGGAGAGCCUCCGAGCGAAGGGCAAGGCGUCCCUGCUGAGCAGGGACGACCUGGAUGCGCACGUGCAGCUGGUGGAGCUGACGGGGAAGCACAUAGCAGAGUGUGAGGCGCUGGAGAAGAAGAGGUACCAGACACCAGGAGGAGGAGGGAGAUCUGCGUUCGGGCCAGGGGGAGGGGGGCGGGAGGGGGGAGGGGGGCGAGGCGGACCGGCCGGGCGACCCGACCCCACUCGAAGGACAUUCGGAGAAGCCCAGAGGUUCGUGCAAGACAUGCGAUGUUAA